AUGUCAUUUGCCCCGCCUCCUGGACCUCCGCCGCCUUCCGUUCCAGAAGGAUGGAAGGCUCAAUAUGACGACCGCUACAAGCAAUGGUUCUUUGUGAACUUGCACACGGGCAAAUCCCAAUGGGAACCUCCUGAGGCUCCAGCGCAGAAAGAAGAGCAGCAUGCUCCGCCAAGCGGGCCGCCACCGUCAUACAAUGAUUCUGGUCCUGCAAACCCGGCUGUUCAGGCUGCUGCAACUGACGACAAGAAGACCAUGGGGUCGAACAAUCCCUACAACCAAGCGGAAUCCAGGAAUGAUACCCUGGAUAGCGAUGCUCGUCUCGCUGCUCAGCUACAGGCAGAAGAAGAUGCUCGAGCUCAAAGCAGAAGCCCUGCGCAUCCCGGCGCGGCGGCAGACUACUACAGCGGAAGUUCCAGGCCGCUGUCAUCGACGGGUUAUCAGCAGUCUCAGGGUCCUGCGCCAGCCUCUGAACAGAAGCGCAGCAGAGGCUUUUUGAGCAAGUUGAUGGGCAAAAGCUCGGGCAGUAGUAGUAGCUCCCACUAUGGAAGACCGCCUGUUGCUCAGCAGCAACCUUACGGGUAUCAGCAAGGAGGCUACUAUGGGGGUGGCUACCCCCCGCAACCGCAGCCCGCGGGCUAUGGAUAUCCUCAGUACCCGUCACAGGGUGGCCAGUAUCCUGCAGCGGUGCCACCGCGGCGGAGCGGCGGAAUGGGCACUGCAGGCGCUGCCGCUUUGGGCGUGGGAGGCGGUUUGCUCGGCGGUGCUCUGCUUGCAGAAGCAUUCGACGAUGACCACGGGGACACGAUCGUUAAUAACUAUGGUGAUGAUUACGGUGGUGACGUUGGUGGCGGCGAUGACUUUGGCGGUGACUUUUGA